AUGUCCAAAUCACGGAGUUGCUUUGGUUAUCCCUUGAGCAUCUUCUUCAUUGUGGUCAACGAGUUUUGUGAGAGAUUCUCCUACUAUGGAAUGAGAGCACUCCUGAUUCUGUACUUCAGGAAUUUCUUUGGCUGGGAUGAUAAUCUGUCCACCGCCAUCUACCAUACAUUCAUCGCUCUGUGCUACCUGACGCCGAUUCUCGGGGCGCUUAUUGCUGACUCGUGGCUGGGAAAGUUCAAGACCAUUGUGUCUCUCUCCAUUAUCUACACAAUUGGACAAGCAGUCACUGCGGUAAGCUCCGUUAAUGACCUCACAGACCACGACCAUGAUGGGACUCCCAAUAACCUCCCGGUGCACGUGGCGCUGUCCAUGAUUGGCCUGGCCCUGAUCGCUCUUGGGACGGGAGGAAUCAAGCCCUGCGUGUCUGCGUUUGGCGGAGAUCAGUUUGAAGAGGGCCAGGAGAAGCAAAGAAACCGGUUUUUUUCCAUCUUUUAUUUGGCCAUUAAUGCUGGAAGUUUGCUUUCUACAAUUAUCACUCCUAUUCUCAGAGUUCAAGAAUGUGGGAUUCACAGUAAACAAGCGUGUUACCCGCUGGCGUUUGGAGUUCCUGCUGCCCUCAUGGCUGUAUCCCUGAUUGUAUUUGUCAUUGGCAGUGGAAUGUACAAGAAGUUCCAGCCACAGGGCAACAUCAUGGCUAAAGUGGUCAAGUGCAUGGGUUUUGCCACCAAAAACAGAUUUAGGCAUCGGAGUCACACAUUUCCCAAGAGAGAGCACUGGUUGGACUGGGCUAGAGAAAAAUAUGAUGAGCGGCUUAUCUCUCAGAUCAAGAUGGUUACGAGAGUACUGUUCCUGUACAUCCCGCUCCCCAUGUUCUGGGGCUCCCGGUGGACGCUGCAAGCAACAACCAUGAGUGGGAAAAUAGGAGCUAUCGAAAUUCAGCCAGAUCAGAUGCAGACCAUCAAUGCCAUCCUGAUCGUCAUCAUGGUCCCCAUCUUUGAUGGUCUGGUGUAUCCUCUGAUUGCAAAAUGUGGCUUCAAUUUCACCUCCCUGAAGAAGAUGACAGUUGGAAUGUUCCUGGCUUCCAUGGCCUUUGUGGUGGCUGCCAUCGUGCAGGUGGAAAUUGAUAAAACCCUUCCAGUCUUCCCCCAAGGAAAUGAAGUCCAAAUUAAAGUUUUGAAUAUAGGGGAUAAUAACAUGACGAUAUCUCUUCCUGGAAACAUGGUGACACUUGGCCCAAUGUCUCAAACAAAUGAAUUCAUGACUUUUGACGCAGACAAACUGACGAGUAUAAACGUCUCUUCCACUGAACCACCGGUCGCUGUAGGAACUCAGGACUUCCAGAAGGGCCAACGCCAUACCCUUCUCGUGUGGGCUCCCAAUCACUACCGUGUGGUAACAGAUGGUCUUAACCAGAAGCCAGAAAAAGGACAGAAUGGAAUUAGAUUUGUAAAUACGUUUGAUGAGACCAUCAGCAUCACAAUGAGUGGGAAAGUUUAUGACAAUGUCACCAGUUACAGUGCCAGCAAUUAUCAGUUUUUUACCUUUGGCAUAAAAAGCUUCACAAUAAACUCAACAGGGAUUUUACCACAUUGUCCGCGUGAUUUCAAAACUUUCUACCUUGGAUUUGGUAGUGCUUAUACCUAUGUAAUCAAAAGGAAGGCUGAUGGCUGCCCAGAAGUGAAGGAAUUUGAAGAUAUUUCACCCAACACGGUUAACAUGGCACUGCAAAUCCCGCAGUAUUUUCUCCUCACCUGUGGCGAGGUGGUCUUCUCUGUCACGGGAUUGGAGUUCUCAUAUUCUCAGGCUCCUUCCAACAUGAAGUCGGUGCUUCAGGCCGGAUGGCUACUGACGGUGGCCGUGGGCAACAUCAUUGUGCUCAUUGUGGCGGGGGCAGGCCAGUUCAGCAAACAGUGGGCUGAAUACGUCCUAUUUGCCGCAUUGCUUCUGGUCGUCUGCGUAAUAUUUGCCAUCAUGGCUCGAUUUUAUACUUACAUCAAUCCAGCAGAGAUUGAAGCUCAAUUUGAUGAGGAAGAAAAGAAAAAGAGUGCGGAAAAGAAUAACCUAUAUUGCACAUUGGGGCCCAUGCCACAGACACAGAUGUGAAGGUCAGGAAGAGAGCGGAGGAGGGACUGGGCCCAGCAUAUGCCCUGACCUCUCCUCAGGUGUCAGGACACACCACUGGAUGGUCCCUGAUGGGGAAGACUUCAGAACCAGGAACGAAACUAUGAAAGAUUUUAUCU